UUAUGAAAAAAUAUUGAUACUACAGAUAUCGAUUGUUACGUCACUUGCUGUCAAAUAUGAUAUAGGUUAGGUCGGUGUCAAUUUUUUAUUCAUGAAAGUAAAUCGUGCUGGUAACGACAAACCAUGGGUGAUGAAAUAAAAACUGUAGUUGAAAAUGGUGAUGAGGCACCGAAGUCGGCGAAACAACUUGCCAAAGAAGCCGCCAAACAAGCAAAAUUAGACAAACUAAAACAGAAAUUAGAAAAGCAACAAAAAGCAGUUCCAAAAAAGGAUAAAGAAGAGAAAAGAGAAAAGAAGAAGGAAGUGAAGGAAGCGGCAACUUAUGAUAUUCCUACUCCAGAGGGAGAUAAGAAAGAUACUACUAGUGCACUACCUGAUGCAUACAGUCCAAAAUUUGUUGAAGCUGCUUGGUAUAGUUGGUGGGAAAAACAAAACUUUUUUAAGCCAGAAUAUGGAAGAAAAUCUUUGAAAGAUGCCAAUGAAAAUGGAAAAUUUGUUAUUAUUAUUCCUCCUCCAAAUGUAACUGGAUCUUUACAUUUAGGGCAUGCCCUUACUAAUUCAAUACAAGAUUGCUUGGUAAGAUGGCAUAGAAUGAAAGGUGACAUAACAUUAUGGAAUCCAGGUUGUGAUCAUGCUGGAAUAGCAACACAAGUAGUUGUGGAGAAGAAAUUAUGGAGAGAAGAGAAAAAAACGCGACAUGAUAUUGGUAGAGAUAAUUUCAUUCAAAACGUGUGGAAAUGGAAAAAUGAAAAAGGAGUGCGCAUUUACCAUCAGUUGAAAAAAAUGGGCUCAUCUUAUGAUUGGGAUAGAGCUGCAUUCACAAUGGAUCCCAAAUUAUGCAAGGCUGUAACUGAGGCUUUUGUGAGACUACAUGAAGAUGGGACAAUUUACAGAUCUAAUAGAUUAGUCAACUGGUCGUGUACAUUGAAGUCUGCAAUAUCAGAUAUUGAGGUGGACAAAACUGAGCUUCCCGGCCGAACAUUCCUUUCUGUUCCUGGUUAUGAUGAGAAAAUUGAAUUUGGUGUUUUAGUACAUUUUGCAUAUCAGGUAGAAGGUUCUGACGAAAGAUUGAUCGUAGCCACAACUCGUGUGGAAACUAUGUUGGGAGAUACUGCAGUAGCUGUCCAUCCUGAUGAUGAUAGAUAUACACAUUUGCAUGGAAAAUACGUGAUUCACCCAUUCUGUGAUAGAAAAAUACCAAUUAUAGUCGAUGAUUUUGUUGAACUAGGUUUCGGCACUGGAGCUGUUAAAAUUACGCCUGCCCAUGAUGCAAAUGACUAUGAAAUAGGAAAAAAGCACAAUUUACCUUUUAUUACUAUUUUUGAUGAUGCAGGAGUUAUUGUAGGAGGUUAUGGAAAGUUUACUGGAAUGAAGCGGUUUCAUGCAAGAAAAGAAAUUGUGAAAUCUUUAACGGAACUAGGUCUCUACAUUGAAACUAAAAACAAUCCUAUGGUAGUACCAAUUUGCAGCCGUAGCAAAGAUGUUGUGGAACCUAUGCUGAAACCUCAAUGGUAUGUAAGAUGUGGAGAAAUGGCUCAAAAUGCUAUAAAAGCAGUAAAUGAUGGAGACUUGAAAAUAAUACCAGAAAUGCAUGUCAAAACAUGGCAUCAUUGGAUGGACGGUAUUCGGGACUGGUGUAUUUCUAGACAGCUAUGGUGGGGUCAUAGAAUUCCUGCCUAUUUUGUUACUAUAAAAAGCAAACCUGGCCAUAAAUUACAACCAGGUGCAGAGGAUGGUGAAUUUUGGGUAUCUGGUAGAACAAAGGAAGAAGCAUUGUCGAAAGCUACCAAGAAAUUUAAUACAACAGAAGAUGAUUUGAUAUUAACACAGGAUGAAGACGUGUUGGACACUUGGUUUUCUUCAGCAUUAUUCCCGUUCUCUGUUUUCGGAUGGCCUGAUGAUACUGAAGAUCUCAAAGUAUUUUAUCCAACAUCUUUGUUAGAAACUGGUCAUGACAUUUUAUUUUUCUGGGUCGCUAGGAUGGUCUUUAUGGGUCAAAAAUUAUUAGGAAAACUUCCAUUCAAAGAAGUGUAUUUACAUCCCAUUGUCCGAGAUGCUCAUGGAAGAAAAAUGAGCAAAUCUUUGGGUAAUGUCAUAGAUCCAAUGGACGUUAUAACUGGAAUAUCUUUGGAAGCUCUGAAUAGUCAAUUAUAUGAGAGUAAUUUAGAUAUCAAAGAAAUAGAGAAGGCCAAACAGGGACAAAAGCAAGAUUAUCCUGAUGGAAUUCCAGAAUGUGGUACUGACGCUCUUAGAUUUGCUCUUUGUGCAAUGUGCUCUGGCAGGGAUAUCAAUUUGGAUAUUUUACGUGUUCAGGGAUAUCGAUUUUUUUGUAAUAAGAUCUGGAAUGCAACAAGAUUUGCUUUGACCUACUUCUCUUCAGAAUUUGAUGCACCUUCUGAUAAUAAAUUAAUUGGAAACGAAAGUUUGAUGGACUUAUGGAUGCUCAGUAGAUUAGCCACUGCUAUUACUGAGGCAAAUCGUAAUUUAACUGCCUAUGAAUUUGGUCAUGUUACCACUGCAAUUUAUAAUGUUUGGCUGUAUGAGCUCUGUGAUGUUUAUUUGGAAAUAUUAAAACCAGUAUUUGCUAGUGAUGAUAAUGAAGCCAAAAAAACUGCUCAAAUAACACUUUAUAGAGCAUUGGAAAUAGGAUUGAGACUUUUAUCUCCAUUUAUGCCAUUUAUUACUGAAGAAUUGUAUCAACGAUUACCUAGACCAAAAGAUGUAGUUGAGAAAAUUCCAAGCAUUUGUGUUGCCAGUUACCCAAGCGAAAAAGAAUAUUACAGAUGGAAGAACGAGGAUAUAGAGGACGAAGUGUAUUUUGUGCAAAAAGUAGCAAAAAGUAUCAGGUCCGCUAGAAGCGAUUAUAAUAUUCCUAAUAAGACAAAGACAGAAGCUUAUAUUCAGUGUAACGACGAAAUGACUGCAGAAAUUAUGUUGAAUUAUGAAUCGGCACUUCAGACUUUGGCUUUCUGUUCAAAAAUCGCUGUUAACGAAACAGCACCUGACGGUUGCACUAUUCUAACUAUUUCGGACAAAUGUGAGGUGAACUUACUGCUUAAAGGAUUAAUCGAUCCGCCUAAAGAAAUUGCAAAAAUUCGAAAGAAAUUAGAUUUCUUACAAUCAACUCGAGAACGAUUGAAUACAGCAAAAGACGCCUCAGAUUAUGAAUCUAAAGUGCCUCUAGAAGUUAGGCAGUUAAAUGAAGAGAAACUGAUUCAGACCAGUGCAGAGAUAAGUAGAUUGGAAGCUGCUCUCAGUUCGUUGAGAAUUAUGUAAAAUCCAACUUUUUUAUACUUUUUCUAUGAAGCUUGUUGUAAAUGUUGAUUUAAUUUAUUUUAGAAGCAUGUUGUUGCUAAUUUAAUACACAAUCCAGUAAGAUUACAUGAAUAUCUACAGGAGAGGUGCCCAAUUAUAUAUCUUACUAUCCAGUUAUAUUGGAAUAAACAUGUUCAUUUUAUGAACUUUAAUUUUAAAUUCUUUCUUAUUGAUAUGAGAAUGAUUGGGAUGUCACUAGCAAAUACAAUAUUAAUAGAUACGGAAAAAUACAUCCUCAAUGUAAUUUUUACACAAUUACUAUUUAUAUUGUAAAAGCAAUCUUUACAUUACAUUUAAUUGGAUUUUAUAUAAAGUGAAUAACAUCACACUAUAGUCUUGGAAGAAUUCACAAAAUAUAUUAUAUUCUUCAUUAUCAUGAGAAAAAAUCUUGUAGAUGCAUUUUUUUAUACCACAGAGAGGUUCUAGGUCGAUACAUUUCUGACAUUUAUAUUUGUUCCUUUUUUUCUAUUUUCCGAAUUACUGGGAAUCUAAAAGAAAAAGACCUUAUUGUUCUUACCUCAGAAAUUGAAUUUCCUGAGACAUUAGCUUUGAUUUGAUAACGUGAGAGUUUAAUACUUUGAUAACUGUCAGAAUGAAUCUAUUUCACGUUUCCUCACAUCUUUCAGUAACAAGUAUUUCUAUUUUAAAGAGGUUUGCACAAGAUUAGAUGGCAUUUUUCGUGAAAGUUCGAUUGGUAGAUCUCUUUUUUUUUUAAUCUUUCUACUCAAAAUCAUAGUAAAAACCUUUCCAUGUUCAUUUUUUGUUCUUUCCACAACUGAGAAGAUUUGCUGAUGAGAUGGCCUUGAUCAGAGAGGACCUUGCUAUCAUAAGUCUAAUUCUCUCUAUUCUGGAAAGUGAAGUUAAUGCAAGUUACCAAUUCUAACCAUUUUAUAAAGGCCGAGCUCUGUCAUUGUAGACACAGAUCCCGAUUCAACUUUGACUGUUUCAUUUUAUUGUAAGAUUGACAGUUCAUUACUUACAAAUGAAUGUAACUUACUAAUCAUUAUCUUCUAAAUGUUGAACUUUCGUUGUAACCACAAAUUCCUAUUCAACAACUGUUUUAUUUCUUGACCUUCAAAUAUGUUCUUGAUAAAUCUGUUGUGUCUAAUGUGAUAGUGGUUUACUUUUAAUUUCCUUUCCAUGGUUGUAUUGGUUAAGUUCCUUUCUUCUGAAACUUUGUUUGUUUUUUUUAUACCCAAAAUUUUCACGUUUAUUUUUCCAUAUCUGCAUUUCCAUAGUUUUUUACCUAUUUCAUAUUCUUCUAUUUACCUAACAAGCAUCUAGCUGAAUUUUUUGUGGGACUAUAAUUUGAUAUGUCUUUGCUCGCUUUAAUGUCAUAUAAUUGUACUAUAUAAACAACAGAUCCGCCCUACUUGUCGAAUUACUUUAAUUUUAUGUUAAUACUUUCAGUGUUACCAAAUGUUAUUCAAUAUGUAUUCGUUUCAUUGGUCUUCCACAUUGAAUAAAACGGAAUAAUUGGUCCUGUCCAUAAUUUAAAUUCAUGAUUUUUACGGGAUUACAUCAGUCAUGUAACAUUUUUUUAAGUUGGUGUGUAUCUUGAAACAUCAUGAUAAUAUUUGAUUAUGCAAGGCUUCAUAAAUUAAAGAAAAUAAUAUUUGUUUCUAAUCCAGACGGUAGCGGAUCUAUAUAUGAAGGGGGACAAUUUUCCUCGAGAGGAGGAAACUGAUUUUCUGAGUGAGGACAAUUUUUGACUCGUUGGCGACAAUUGUAACAUUCUUAUCGUUUUUAAAUUUGCUCUAUAAAAAAAUAUAUGGAAAUUUUAAUUAGAAAAUAUACUGUUAUUUUUCAGAUAUAACAAUUAAAAUUAUAACAUUACCAUAUAAUUAUACAAUUUGAUAAAUUCUUAAAAAUCGUUCCUCCCAAAAUGCACUUUUAUAUUAAAAUACUAAUUGCUUAAUCUUAAAGAUUCGUCAUUGAUGUUAACGUGAUUUUGCUGCUUAUAAGGUAAUUUUACAAUAAAGGAAGCUCUAUUGACUCAAUAUAUGAAAUAAUUAGAAUUGAAGUAUACUAUCAACUAAUAAUGAUUCAAUUUGACACUUCUUUUUUACUUGUUAAUGAUUUUGUGACAUAUCUCUCAGCGAUCUUCCUAGAAUCUCAACUUUUAUACUGUUUGAACGUCACCAAAUCACCACUAGGAUUAACAAACUACGUAGUCGGUGUCCUUCGGAAACAAUGACCAUUAUAAGUUUGCGGAUUUUCUAGUUUUAAAAACGUGGCACCUUCAAAUGGAAUUUCGGCCAUCUUGUUCUUUUCAAUUACAUUAACAGAUGAUUUACAUCUAUAGUAAUUGAUAAAAAAUCUGAACUUAUACGUUUUGGGUUGUCUUAGAAUCGCUUCCGGCAUAGAGCCAAGGUAGGCUUCAUUGAUCGAUGAUAUCUGGCUAUAUAUUUACUUUCUCCGGACGCUACGUAUGAGGUUCACUGUACUUGGAAAUUAUUUUAUUUAAAGAAAAGUUAGCUUCAUCAGAAAAGAAUAUUUUCGAUGGAAACUUCUCAUCACGUCGCCUUAUCAUUUCUUCGCAAAACUGACAUAGUCAUAUGAUAUACCUGAUGUGGGCAGCAUGAUUUUCGCCCAAUAAAACCAUUGACAAAUGUGAUCAUCCUACAAAGAGAAGUCAUUAUGUCAUCAGAAUCAAUAAACGUGUGUUUUUCCUUGGUUUUUGUAACUAACGAUUACAUUUAAGUUUUUAUAUUGGUAUUCUCGAUCCGCUACUGAAUUCAGAGAAGAAAUUAGAGAAAAACUAAGUUUUUGGAUUUGUUACAAUAAUAAAUGAUAUGAGAGAAAGAAGACAACCAUUUAAAUAGGUUUGUUCUGACCUGCUAAUCGGGUCCGUACUUGGAACGGUUAUUGAAAGCGUUUAAAUGAUAUUUUUUGUGCAAUCUCCGGCUAUGCACGGUUCUGGUAACAAUACUUGCCAUCAACCAAGUAUCGAAAAGACCGCAUCGGGAACGGUUCACGAAUGAUGUCAGUCGGUUGGAACACAAAACAGAAUCUUUCGUAUAAAAAUAACUGCCCGGUUGGAACACGUGAUCUCUAUUGCGCAGAAUCGUCACCAUACAAAGGUCGGUCUUUUGAUGGGUUGGAACAAAUCUAAUAAUGGACUGUAGAACAUUUUGUAUGCUAAAAUAAGGAUUUAGUAAACUUAUCUUAAAUCAAAUGAUCUUAUAAUAUUGGUUUGGCUGCUUCUCUUUCUAGAAUCAAUCGAUUGAUAUUGAAUGAUAAAAAACUGAGUUUAUGAAGCUUUUGUUACCCUGUCGAUUUUAAAAUUGCUGCUGGCAGCAAGUUACAUGACGAUAUUUUUGUUAUUUUAUAUAUUAGUUGCUGUAAUAAUACUUAAUAUUUGUAUAUUCACCAAUUUUUGCAGUUUUAUAUCUAAAAAUCGUGAGAUACUGUAUUACAAAUCAAUACCAAAAAUAUAAUCUUUAUAGUUGCAAGAACGCUAAAAUAAAUAUUUAUCUACAGUAAUAA